AUGUAUUCAGCCGCCACAGAGAACAAAUCCGAAUCCGUCGACUUUCCGGUGGCUUCAAGAGAAUCUGUCGACUUUCCGGUGGCUUCAAGAGAUUUCCGGCAAGUUUCUUUGAGCUUCUCUUCUCUCCUUCUUUGUCCCACGGUGAUGGCAGUGGACCAGGCGAAUUCCGGUGGCUUCAAAAGAUUUCCGUCGAUUUUCCGGUGGGUUCAAGAGAAUCCGUCGACUUUCCGGUGGCUUCAAGAGAUUUCCGUCGACCUCAGGCGAUUUCCGGCGAGAGAGGCAACGAUUCCGUCGACUUCAGGUGAUCCCGGUGACGUUUCAGACUCUUUCCGGCGAUGUUUCACGCUUCAGGCGACGAUUUCCGGCGAGGUUUCACACUUCAGGUGGUUUCCGGCGAUGAUAGUUAUGCGAAUAUCUCUUUCUCAGUCUAUCUCUGUCUCUUUCCUCUAUUCUCAGUAG